CUAACAAUUUAUUAUCAGAAUCAAAUUUGCCUUAAUUUUGGAAUAAUUUUUGAGGACAUCGGUUUAACUAUCAAUGGAAAGCCGUUGUAACGUCAUGUGUAGUGCUUGCUAGCAGUGCGUGCUAUCGUUGUUAGCAUAACUUCUAGGUUCAGUUAACUACCAAACUUCCCCUUUUAUUACAACGACAUACAAUUCGCUUAUUCGCACUGGUGUGAAGGACACAACACCUGCAAAUGUCAGAAUUCCCAUGCAAGUCCGUUCCCUCUACAAAUGAAACUCCCAUCAAGGAACUGAAAGACAGUCGUGAUUUGCUCAAUGGAGUGAAAAGAGCAGUGGUGGUCCUGACCCGGCUCCCAGAAUAUAAGAUCAACGCUUUGCGACCACCAACGCCGCAGCAGUUCUACAGUGAAGAUGACUCGCUCAGCAGCUCAGACUCAGAUAUGCAGUGGGAGCCAGAAGAUGAUUCUAGUGGUUCUGAAAACUCUGUUUCAAUACACAAAAAGAAAACGGGACAACACGUUGCUGCACCAAACACGAGCAGGACAAACAACACCACGAACAACAACAACAACAAGAUCAAAAUCACCAAUGUGUCAGAGCCAGCUCCUGUAGUAAUAUCAUCAGUGGCCAGUGCAACGACAGCAAUCCGGCCAAACUUGCCAGAAGAAGAGCUCAAAGUUGACAUGGUGGUCCUGGCCAGGAAGCGAACCAUGAGAUGGCAACGUGGGAAAAUACUGGAUCUAGUAACAAGAGCAGAUGGACGGAUGAAGUACAAAGUAGGUUUUGAUGAAAAGGGCAAGAGCCUGGUGUCUGGCCACCACAUGGCCUUUGACACCACACCAAAGCUGGAUCAGCUGUAUGUUGGCGCUCGUGUGGUGGUCAAGUGUCAAGACAAAAUGUUCCGGUUCCGGCCUGGUAUUUUGGCAGAGCUCCCCAGCAGAAAGAACCGCUUACGGUUCUUGGUCUUUUUGGAUUGUCACUUGCCGUUCUAUGUUGGUUUACCUUCAAUUCACCUGGUGUGCAGACCACUGGAAAAUGUUUUAGAAGACAUCCCCUGUGGUCCUCACAAGUCUUUCGUGACCCGAUACCUGAAGGACUGGCCGUCCCCACUUUUAACCCAGUACAAGCAAGGACAGAGCCUUAAUGUUGAACUAAAUGGAGCCCAGCAGAGGUGUGAGGUGCAAUCGAUCGACGGCAGCUUGAUGCAGAUUCUUUUUCAGGAUAAUCAACAUACGGAGUGGAUCCAUCGAGGCUCAAUACGACUUGAAACCAUGGCUAGAUUUUUGCAAAUUGAAAGAGCACCAAAGUGAUUCAGACUAAAAGCCCACCGACAGAAAUAAUAAUAACUGUAAUAUAGAAAACAGUAUGAACAAUUUAAACCGAUUUAAAGAUAAAAGGCAACAUUAACCAAACCAUUUCGGCUCAAAAUAAGAGAAAAUUGUAAGGUGAGCCGACAUAAAUUAAUCAAAGAUGACAUUUGUUCAAAUGCUUUGUUUCUUUUUACUAAUGUAAUAUUUUGUAAUUAUUUGAAGAUAUAGCUACAUGGUGACUAGUUGUGCACCAUUAAAACCCAGUGACACUCGAGUCUACUGUUUUAACAGGUUGCAAUCUUGAUGAAGGCAGAUCCUACAAACGAACAACUUUGCAUGAUGCAGACAAGAAGUUGAGCUAUUUGAUUGUUUAGUUACAUUUUUAACACUGUGACCAGAUGACAUUGUAAAAAAAAUGCUUUUUAUCAAUUCAAUAUUUGUAGUUGUGUAUAUUUCAUAUAUGUUGACUAUUGCUGGAAAGCUUUACAUAAUAUUCUUCAAUUGUACAGUUUUAUUUGAAUACGCCAACAUCAACGUCAUCAAACCAGCAGAUCUACUCGCAGCACUUUGAUGAGUCGAGGAGCUUUUUCCACCAUCGUGCAGCCAAGCGAACAAAACAAUUUGACCUUUUACAGCGUCAAUCUUUUGAAAGUCUUUUAGGACCCAUUCUGCAAAUGUAAAGAACCUUGUUCAAGUUUAGAAUGUUGACAAUUCCACAUGCCUGGGUUGUUUGAUACUUUAAAGCUGACAUAAUAUAUACCAGGAACAUGUUGUGGUAAAAAAGGCUGCAUCAUGAGCUGUCGGUUUAUGGUGAAUCUUUCGUGACUGGACUUUUAAAUACAAAUGCCUUUUAAAAUCCUAAAGACGUACAGUGGUUAUUUCAAACACACCAUCAUCUGUAAUGAUUAAUGAUGUUGCUUUACCCAUACUUACGCAUUAUAUGACUAAAUAACAAAAAAGUUUGUAACAAAGAAUUAGACGAGGAAGAAUUGAUGCAUUGCUGUCUUGUUAUUUGCAGCAGAUGGACGGAUGAAGUACAAAGUAGGUUUUGCUGAAAAGAGCAAGAGCCUGGUGUCUGGCCACCACAUGGCCUUUGACACCACACCAAAGCUGGAUCAGCUGUAUGUUGGCGCUCGUGUGGUGGUCAAGUGUCAAGACAAAAUGUUCCGGUUCUGGCCUGGUAUUUUGGCAGAGCUCCCCAGCAGAAAGAACCGCUUACGGGGGAAGCCGCGAGUUCACAGAAUGGCGUUACAGCAUCUGACGAGGAAGUCACAACUUUACUAGACGCGAUGCUUACGACACACAAGGUAACAUUUUGGAAACUAAGAGUUCUUUUUGAGAAAAAGGCUGUCUAUUAGGUAGCGAGUGAAGCAUCCACCGGCAGACUGAUCAUGGAGGGGGACGAGCUGGAGAUGAGCACAGAGGAGCUCAGAACGUGGAUCAGAGGGAUGAUAAUGGAGAACCAGCUGAUGACCUCAGGUGUGCAGGAUAAAUGCAACCUGCUGCAGUCUCUGCUGGAAAGCAGGGAGAAACGGGCUGCCCACGUGGCCAGGCUCUGGCACUCUGUGGCAGAAUAUGAGGCGAUCGUGAAGAAACAAUACUCUUUGCUGGGGUGGGAAUACAGAGACACUGAUUCAGACGCUGAUGACAAUAGAACAGGGAAUACUGUUUCAGGCUCUCCAAAUGGCCCUGCUUCUCUGUUACCAAAGCUACAUAACAGUGAGAAGCUCCAUGGAGACGAGGGCAAAAAAAGUCUGAAGAGAGUACCAGUUGUGGUCCUGACCAGGCUUUCCACACAUACGAUCAGAGCUUUUUCUCCCCGGAUGCCUGAGGAUUGUGAUAUUGCAGAAGAAUUCUUACACGGUUCUGAUACGUCCUGGGAACGUGAAGGUCUUUCAAGUGAUUCAGAUUUCGUCCUCCCAAUUGAUAAGUCUAUGCUGAACGAAAGGAGAAAAAGAAGGAAGAGAAAAACAGCAUCAAUAGCAACAUCAACACCACCAAGAACCACUAAGGGAGUAAGCAAAGUGAACAUAACAGCUGCUCAGUGCCAAACCUCAGCCAAAGCUACCAAGACUGCUCCUGGAGUGCUACAAGGUGAGCUCAAGGUCAACAUGAGUGUCCUGGCCAGAAGGAAAGCCAUGUGCUGGCAACUGGGGAAAAUCCUUGAGAUAGUAACAAAAGAAGAUGGUAGGUUGAAAUACAAAGUACAUUUUGAGCCAAGGGGGAAGAGCCUCGUCUCUGCUCACCACAUCGCCCUUGACUACCCGCCACAGUUGGCUCAGCUGUUAGUCGGUAGUCGUGUGGUGGUCAAGUUUCCACCAGACCAGCACAGCUUCUGCCCAGGAGUCAUGGGAGAGCUCCCCGGCAAUAGAAACAACAUGAGGUUCCUGGUCUUUAUGGAUAAUGAGAUUCCGGCGUAUGUUGGCUUACCUUCACUUCGCCUGGUGUACCGACCAUUGAAGGAGCCUUUGGACGAUAUUCCAGAUGGAACUCACAAGAAUUUCCUCAAAGGGUAUAUUAAGGUCUGGCCUUACCCACCCAAGACCCAAUACAUGGUUGGACACAAAGUUAAUGCAGAACUGGAUGGAGUCCUGCAGAGGUGUGAGGUGCAGACAGUCGACUGCAGUGUGAUGCAGGUUCUUUUUUUGACAAAUCAAGAAAAGGUGUGGCUCUACAGAGGCUCCCCACGCUUGGAACACAUUAUUAACUUGAAAAAGCCCCCGGAAAUGGUUCAUUGGGACAAGAAUAAAUCUUCAAGUUGAUGAGUCAUGAAUGUCGAACACUGAUGGGACCGUGAAUGUGUCAAGUGAAGCGUAUGCUGCAUUCCCAGGUUUUUCGUGCAUUCAGUGAAAGUUGCUCAGAGUUUAUACUGAAAUAGGUUUUUGCGGCUUUUUAGGCUCAAAGUGCAUCUCUUACGCGAGUUGUCCUCUGGCCAAGCAUGGUUGAAAGAAUUGUCAUUACACCGUAAGUAUUUACGUGGAUGGUCUCCUGUUGGCCAGUAUUGUUUUAUUUCUUCCAGAGAGGCUAGUAUUAUUAAAUGGUAAUGGUCAAAUGUGAGCAAUCCCCAGAAUGCAUUGUUCUUUUAUAAUUGUGUUUGUGUUGCUGUUAUUGUGUUCUUAAAUAAAAUCAAAUUAUCUGAUUUCAACAA